AUUAAUAUUAAUGUUAUAGCAGGAAUUUUUCAGCGGGGAAAAACAGUAAGAACAGCUAUGGAUGUCAGUCAAACGGAAACCAUGAAGAAAGUGUUCGCCAUGUUCGACCAGGGCAAGACAGGCUUCGUCGAGACCAGCGAGUUCGGCAACAUCCUUCGUCAGCUGGGGUCUAACGUAGACGAUGACGAGCUACAGGCGAAGAUAGACGAAGUUGAUAAAGAAAGUAAAAAGAUGAAGUCGAUAAAGAAAGAGGCCUUCAGACUUUACGACAAAGAGGGCGACGGCUUCAUCACGACGCAGGUGCUGAAGGAGAUCCUGAAGGAGCUGGACCCGAAGUUGACCAAGGAUGACCUGGAGAACAUCAUAGAGGAGGUGGACGAAGACGGGUCCGGGACGGUCGAUUUUGACGAGUUCAUGGAGAUGAUGACAGGAUGAUGGCCCACGGUCGCCUUAAUGAUAGUUAAGUUUUUAAUAGUUUAUGUUUGUGUGUUAUUAAGUUUUUAAUAGUUUGUGAUAGUUUGUGUUUUUUAACGAUAUUUCACUAAUUGCUAUCAUUAUGAUAAUCUGCUUAUAAAUUGAAAAAAUGUUUGAAACGUAGAAAUAAUAUUUUGUUCAGCACAAAAAAAUAUUUAUCUAUUGUAAUUUCAGCAUCCGAAAAAAGUAUUUAUGCGUAUUGCGCAUGCGUAUUUAUCUCCAUAAAAGUAUUUAUGGAGAUUUUUUAUUAUACAAUAAAGUUUCACGCUUCUUUUUCAUUUUUAUUCGAAAUAAACACAAUUAGUUCCUGAAUGUAAGAUCA